GCGUUGGCCGCGCCGCCCCCCGCGCUCCCGGUGCCGCUCCACUCCGGUGCCGCUCCGCUCCCGGCCCCAGCCCGCUCCCGUCCCGUCCCGCUCCGCUCCGGCCCGGCCGCACCAUGAGGGAGAUCGUCCACAUCCAGGCGGGGCAAUGCGGCAACCAGAUCGGCGCCAAGUUCUGGGAGGUGAUCAGCGACGAGCACGGCAUCGACCCCAGCGGCAACUACGUGGGGGACUCGGACCUGCAGCUUGAGCGCAUCAGCGUCUACUACAAUGAGGCCUCUUCUCACAAGUACGUGCCUCGCGCCAUCCUGGUGGACCUGGAGCCGGGGACGAUGGACAGCGUGCGCUCUGGUGCCUUUGGCCACCUCUUCCGCCCCGACAACUUCAUCUUUGGGCAGAGCGGUGCCGGCAACAACUGGGCCAAGGGCCACUACACGGAGGGCGCCGAGCUGGUGGACUCGGUGCUGGACGUGGUGCGCAAGGAGUGUGAGAACUGCGACUGCCUGCAGGGCUUCCAGCUGACCCACUCGCUGGGCGGGGGCACCGGCUCGGGCAUGGGCACGCUGCUCAUCUCCAAGGUGCGCGAGGAGUACCCCGACCGCAUCAUGAACACCUUCAGCGUGGUGCCGUCGCCCAAGGUGUCGGACACGGUGGUGGAGCCCUACAACGCCACGCUGUCCAUCCACCAGCUGGUGGAGAACACGGACGAGACCUACUGCAUCGACAACGAGGCGCUCUACGACAUCUGCUUCCGCACCCUCAAGCUGGCCACCCCCACCUACGGCGACCUCAACCACCUGGUGUCGGCCACCAUGAGCGGCGUCACCACCUCCCUGCGCUUCCCCGGCCAGCUCAACGCCGACCUGCGCAAGCUGGCCGUCAACAUGGUGCCCUUCCCGCGGCUGCACUUCUUCAUGCCCGGCUUCGCGCCGCUGACGGCCCGGGGCAGCCAGCAGUACCGCGCCCUCACCGUGCCCGAGCUCACCCAGCAGAUGUUCGACGCCAAGAACAUGAUGGCAGCGUGCGACCCCCGCCACGGCCGCUACCUCACCGUGGCCACCGUCUUCCGUGGCCGCAUGUCCAUGAAGGAGGUGGAUGAACAGAUGCUGGCCAUCCAGAGCAAGAACAGCUCCUACUUUGUGGAGUGGAUCCCCAACAACGUCAAGGUGGCCGUGUGCGACAUCCCGCCGCGGGGGCUGAAGAUGUCCUCCACCUUCAUCGGCAACAGCACGGCCAUCCAGGAGCUCUUCAAGCGCAUCUCGGAGCAGUUCACGGCCAUGUUCCGCCGCAAGGCCUUCCUGCACUGGUACACGGGCGAGGGCAUGGACGAGAUGGAGUUCACCGAGGCCGAGAGCAACAUGAACGACCUGGUGUCCGAGUACCAGCAGUACCAGGACGCCACGGCCGAGGAGGAGGGCGAGAUGUACGAGGACGACGAGGAGGAGUCGGAGGCGCAGGGCGCCAAGUGACGCCCGCCGCCCCCGGCACUGCCCGCGGCCCCCCGGCUUCGCGCUGCUGCAGCCCCCGGUGCUGCCCCCCGCCAUCCCCUCAGUGUCUCCUGACCCCGGCCCCCCCUGAGCCGGCUCGGCCCCCCGCCCCCCUUCCUACCUCCCCCCUUUUCGUUUUUUACUGGUUUGUGUCUUAUUAUUUUUUUUGAAUACUUAAUAAAUUUAUUGCUGUCCAGGUA